GUUCACAUCUCAAUUUUAUAUCUUCAAUUUGCCGAUCAGAUGUAUCAUGGAAUUGGGCUUUAUCUAAUGAGAUUAACCCCCCUCCCUUUUUGAAGCCCUAAUCCUGUUCUCCCGAUUGCGUCAAUGUUUGCGAGACCGUACGUCUAUUCCAUUUGCAAGCGACCCGCAGCGACCAGGCUUGUGAAACAGCCCCGGAGCCAAUACCUGCAUGCCACAUCGCCAUUAAGCCUUCCUCGACGCAAGGACUUCUUCUCCUCUAAUGCGUACCUUGCCCAGAAACAAACAAAGACCGGAGAUGUGAGCGAGGAGCUGGGGGAAGAAUUUCAGAAACAACGGAGAAGGGGAGGUAGAUCGCCGGCAGCGCCGACAUCGUUGCGGAGAGUUGCAGUGGAGGCGCAAAGAUCAAAGGAUGGCUUCCUCUCCAGGGCGAUGCUCAAAGAGCAGGGGCUUUAUCAAACCAAGGUAGUAACGGCUUAUGCUGUGGCCGAACAAUUCAACAUUCGCAAAGUGAGGGAUAUUCUCCAGGAGAAAGGCUAUGAACCAGACCCCUUCGAUACCGGCCUAUACCCUCAGGUAGUUCAUGUUCAAGUCCCCCUGGACUCCAUUCGUCGCGUGAGCAACCCGACUACCUCAGACCUGGGCCCCAACGAAGUCGGCGAUAUCUUUGUUUUCCCCUCGGGUACUGUAGUGGCGUGGUCUCUCCCAGAGGGGUUUACAUCAUUUCUCGCAACCAGGACCCUUCUCGCUGCAGCUGAGCGGCCUCAGCUUGAUAACUUAGAGACGGAAGAUCUCGAGUAUGUGGAGGAUCCGCAACGAGAUAGUAGCAGCAUUAAGGGCGAUACCAUCAUUCUCGGAACCAAACCAAGCAGCAAUAUAACUAGUCCGCAACUUGGUGAACGUCAGUCUGUGGAUACGGUGCUAACCAAAGUGGCAUUUUCAUCCGGGCUGGCUCGGAGUACCAAGUUGGCAGUGUUGGAAACGCUACUGUCGAACUAUUUUGAAUCCACCAGAACGAUACCUACCCUCUUAUCACAAGGUUCACGCCUUCCGUUUACGCGAGACUUCAUCCUUCGAAAGACAGGCCAGCUAUUAAGCGUACGCGCUCAGUUGAAUCUUUAUUCGGAGCUGACGGACUCAUUACCGGACCUCUUCUGGGAUAGUCGACAUGAGCUCGGCCUGGAGGGAUACUACGAACAGGUAGGAAGAGCGUUGGAUGUUGGAAUACGCAUCAAGCUCUUGAACGAAAAGAUGGACUACGCACAGGAGAUAGCAAGCGUCCUCCGGGAGAGGCUGAGCGAGACACAUGGACUCCGGCUCGAAUGGAUCAUCAUCCUUCUCAUCGCGGUUGAAGUUUGCUUCGAAGUUCUGAGAAUGUGGAAAGAGCGAGUCCAGGAGCAGGAGAUACAAAACGGAAAGACUACGGAUGCAGUAAUGUCCUAAGAGUCUAAAAUUAUAUAUAUAUAUAUACUACCCCACCCUAGUCACAUAUGAUACCCCUCUCAUGCUUUCUUCAGAA